AUGCUGCGCGGGGCGCCCGAGGGCCAGGCCACCGCCGUCGCCAGAGCCUUGUCGGCCGCUUCUGUGCUCUGCCAAGUUGAGCCUGUGGGAAGAUGGUUUGAGGCCUUCGUGAGGAGGAGAAACAUAAAUGUUUCUGCCUCUUUCCAAGAAUUAGAAGAUGAGAAAGAAAGUUCCGAAGAGUCGGGAGAUGAAGAAUUACAACUCGAAGAAUUUCCCAUGUUAAAAACUCUGGAUCCAAAAGAUUGGAAGAAUCAGGAUCACUAUUCAGUUCUUGGUUUGGGACGUUUAAGAUACAAGGCCUCUCAGAAACAGAUCAAAGCUGCCCAUAAAGCCAUGGUUUUGAAGCACCAUCCUGACAAACGAAAAGCAGCCGGAGAACAAAUUGGGGAAGGUGACAAUGAUUAUUUCACCUGUAUCACAAAAGCCUACGAAACGUUAUCGGACCCCACGAAAAGAAGAGCGUUCAACAGCAUAGACCCCACUUUUGACAACGCAGUUCCUUCCAAAAGUGAAGCGAAGGAGAACUUCUUUGAGGUUUUUGCUCCCGUGUUCGAAAGAAAUGCCAGAUGGUCAAAUAAAAAAAGUGUUCCUAAGCUCGGGGAUAUGAACUCAUCUUUUGAUGAGGUGGAUGCUUUUUACUCUUUCUGGUACAACUUUGACUCUUGGCGAGAAUUUUCUUACCUGGAUGAAGAAGAAAAAGAGAAAGCAGAAUGUCGCGAUGAGAGAAGAUGGAUUGAAAAGCAAAACAGAGCAGGUAGAUCGUUAAGGAAAAAAGAAGAGAUGAAUAGAAUGAGGACAUUAGUUGAUAACGCCUAUAGUUGCGAUCCCAGAAUAAAAAAGUUCAAAGAGGAAGAAAGGGCAAAGAAAGAAGCCGAAAAGAAAGCAAAGGUAGAAGCAAAACGAAAAGAACAAGAGGAAAGAGAAAGGCAAAGGCAGGCCGAGCUAGAAACGGCACGACUGGCCAAGGAGAAGGAGGAGGAAGAGACGAGGCAGCAGACUUUGCUGAUGAAGAAAGAGAAGGAUAUCCAGAAGAAAGCGAUCAAAAAGGAACGGCAGAAGCUGCGCACAACUUGCAAGAACUGGAACUACUUUUCCGACAACGAGUCGGAAAGCGUCAAGAUGAUGGAAGAAGUAGAGAAACUUUGCGACCGUCUGGAGCUGGCAAGCAUGCAGUGCUUGAAUGAAGCACUUACCUCCACAACCAAGGACGAAGGGAAGGCGGCGGUAUUAAAACAGAUAGAACAAGUAAAUGAACAGGUAAGGAGAGAAAAGGAAGAAGCAGAAGCUCAAAUGCGACAAGCCACAAAGAGCUCGGACAAGUCCACAACUGGAAGCAUUGGGGGCAGCAAGAACUGGUCUGAAGAUGACCUCCAGUUGCUAAUUAAAGCCGUCAAUCUCUUUCCUGCCGGGACAAACUCAAGAUGGGAAGUUAUUGCCAAUUACAUGAAUUUGCACUCCGCCACGGGGAUAAGGCGAACGGCGAAAGACGUCAUCAACAAAGCAAAGAACCUCCAGAAACUUGAUCCCCUCCAAAAGGAUGACAUCAAUAAGAAAGCUUUUGAUAAAUUUAAGAAAGAGCAUGGAGUCAUACCCCAAGCAGACAGCGCUGCCCCAUCAGAGCGUUUUGAAGUCUCCUUUACAGACGCCUCUCCGUGGACAACAGAAGAGCAGAAGCUUCUAGAACAGGCUCUGAAAACGUAUCCGGUGAACACGCCCGAGAGGUGGGAGAAAAUAGCAGCGUCCGUCCCAGGCCGAUCUAAAAAAGACUGUAUGAAGCGAUAUAAGGAGCUGGUGGAGAUGGUCAAGGCCAAAAAAGCCGCCCAAGAGCAAGUAGUGAAUGCUGCUAAAACUAAGAAAUGAGAUUUUUUUCCCCUCCCCGCCCUCCGUUGACAAUCCUAGUGCGUGUUUUUGUU